UUUUAAGACGAAGACAUACGACCUAGGAACAAUGCCUGUGGAGCCUAGCAAGAUUGUGUCAUGCUGCUAAAUCGCUCUAUUUUCUUUUUAUCGCAUCUGCAGGUCAUCGACCUUGACAAAUCAAGCUCUUUGAAAAUUGCGUUAUAAAAAGCCAGAGGCCGUCGCAGUGAAGAAUCAAAUCCUCACUUAAUCUCAAACAAUAGUCACAUUCUUGGUCUUCUUAACACUUGAGAAUAUUUGAAUCUCCCACAAUGUCUGAAUCUAUUGAGCAAGUGCUCGCCAAGCUCCCAAGCGAGUACACCAAAAAGCCCGUCCGCAUUGGCGUCAUCGGCGGCACGGGCCUCAGCAAGCUCGAGGGUUUCACCCCGGUGGCUGCGCUCCACGUGAGCACGCCGUGGGGCGAGCCAUCAUCGCCGAUCCAGAUCCUCGAGCAUGGCGACAUCGCCGUGGCGUUCCUGUCGCGCCACGGCCUGCACCACCAGCUGGCGCCCCACGAGGUGCCCAGCCGCGCCAACAUGGCCGCCCUUCGCCGCGUCGGCGUCCGCUGCGUCGUCGCCUUCACUGCCGUCGGCAGCCUGCAGGAGCACAUCAAGCCCAUGGACUUUGUGCUGCCCGACCAGGCCAUCGACCGCACAAAGGGCGUGCGCCCUUUUACAUUUUUCGACGGCGGCCUCGUCGGCCACGUCGGCUUCGCCGAUCCCUUUGAUGCAAAGGUCGCCGCCGUCAUCAAGACCUGCGCCGACGCCAUGUCGGGUGACGGAGUCGUGCUCCACGACAAGGGCACCGUUGUGGUCAUGGAGGGACCUCAAUUCUCGACCCGCGCCGAGUCGCACAUGUACCGCUCGUGGGGCGGCUCCGUCAUCAACAUGUCGACCCUGCCCGAGGCCAAGCUCGCCCGCGAGGCCGAGCUCGCCUACCAGCCCAUCUGCAUGGCCACCGACUACGACUGCUGGCACUCGAGCGACGACGUCGACGUCGCCAUGGUCAUGGGCUUCAUGGCUGCCAACGGCGCCAACGCCAGGCGCCUCGUGGCCGCCGUCCUAGAUCGCCUGGCCGAGGAGCAAAACGCCGACAUCGUCAACGCCAAGCACCUCGAGGGCGCAUCGGUCGGCGCCGUCAAGUUCAUGACCAAGCCCGAGGGCCGCAGCAAACAGGCCCUUGAGAACUUUGAGUUUCUCUUUCCCGGCUCCGUCUCUGUCCUGAACAGCUAGAAGGAGCAUGAUGUAUGAGGAGUUAGAGCAUCGUUGUUGCGACAGUUAUGCAGGAGCAAUUUCUUGCUAGACAGCAAAGCGUCUAGGCGAUCUCAUUCGCUUUGGAUAGAAUAAAAAAGAAUAAAAAAAGAAACAAGUAUAUACGCAAGAUUUCCAGCUUGGAAGAGAGAA